AGUAAGAAUAGAGCUCCUUGGGAAUCUUCAUUUGACAACAUGCAUGCGAGACUUGAAAGAUAAACCCACAGUUUAUGUUUCGAAGAGAAUCGGACGUGGUCUCCGUAAAAAUUCUCAUUGUAGGGUCUGCUGAUCUUGUUAUGAGAACUGGAAGGCGUUCAACAGUUUUGACUAUUUUUUAUCAUGCACGGCGUGUGUUAAACUGCAAAAUGAGGGGCAGAAGCUACAGUUACAGUCCCUCACCUCCAAGGGGUUAUAGCAGAAGACGCCGCAGUCCUAGUCCCCGUGGUCGUUAUGGGGGCCGUGGUAGGGACUUGCCAACUAGUCUUCUGGUUAGGAACCUUCACAGAGAUUGCAGGGCAGAAGAUCUACGAGGACCUUUUGGCCACUUUGGUCCUCUCAAGGAUGUUUACCUACCUCGCGAUUAUUAUACUGGGGAGCCACGUGGAUUUGGAUUUGUCCAAUAUGUGGAUCCAGCUGAUGCUGCGGAUGCUAAAUAUCACAUGGACGGUCAAAUUCUACUUGGUCGUGAGUUGACUGUGGUGUUUGCUGAGGAAAACAGAAAGAAGCCGGCUGAAAUGAGAGCCAGAGAGCGAUAUAGGAGCCGAUCAUACAGGAGGUCUCCGCCUCGUUAUUCUUACUCACCACGCUAUGCUCGAACCUAUUCCGGCAGCCCAUAUACACCUUCUCCAAGACGAAGUCGUUAUUCCGGGUCAAUAUCACCAAGGGACCGGAGGUAUAGGGAGCGAUCAUACUCCAGAUCACCUUACAGGGAACGAUCAUAUUCAAGAAGCCCUAGUCGAAGCAGGAGUCCAAGUUAUUACUAGUCCGAUCAUGAAUUAUAUGGAGCUUUCUAAGGCUAUUCCUUGUUACUGAUUUCGACAGCUUCAUGUGGAGAUCACCGAUUACGAAUUCAGAGUGGACAACGAUUUAGUUUCUAUUUCAUGUACCUUGUGUGUUUGGGCCUGAGUUUGACAAUAUAUUAAGUUGGUGGCAAGGACCUAUCUGCUUGGUUUUUCCCUCCCCGAAUUCCCUUCGUCGGAUUUAUGAUGUGAAUAUCACUGCCCUCGGGGCUUCUCGGCUGUUUUCUCAUC